AUGGCAGGUACUCGCAAGAUGGAGUACAAGGGCAGCAGCUGGCAUGAGACCUGCUUCAUCUGCCACCGCUGCCAGCAGCCAAUUGGAACCAAGAGUUUCAUCCCCAAAGAUAACCAGAAUUUCUGUGUGCCUUGCUAUGAGAAACAACAUGCCCUGCAGUGUGUGCAGUGCAAAAAGCCCAUCACCACGGGAGGGGUCACUUACCGGGAGCAGCCGUGGCACAAGGAGUGCUUUGUGUGCACCGCCUGCAAGAAGCAGCUGUCCGGCCAGCGCUUCACAGCUCGGGAUGAGUUCGCCUACUGCCUGAGCUGCUUCUGUGACUUGUAUGCCAAGAAGUGUGCUGGCUGCACCAACCCCAUCAGCGGUGAGUUCCCAGGAACCUCCACUUCGGUGCACGUUGGCUCUCCUUUGCCGAGCAGUUUGAAGGUUGAACAAGGCCUAGCAUUUUAG